AUGAACACCACGCCAGAACUCCAGAACAACGGCUCGCCGCUGGGCAAGCCCAACCCGCAAAUACAGCCAUGCCGCUACAAGGUCGGCAAGACGCUCGGCGCCGGCUCCUACUCGGUGGUCAAGGAGUGCGUCCACAUAGACACAGGCCGGUACUAUGCCGCCAAGGUCAUUAACAAGCGACUUAUGGCUGGGCGUGAACACAUGGUCCGCAAUGAGAUUGCCGUGCUUAAGAAAGUAUCCAUGGGCCACCAGAAUAUCCUGACUCUCGUCGACUACUUCGAGACCAUGAACAACCUGUACCUCGUCACGGACCUCGCCCUCGGCGGCGAGCUCUUCGACCGCAUCUGCCGGAAGGGUUCCUACUACGAGUCGGACGCUGCAGACCUCAUCCGUGCCACCCUGUCCGCCGUCGCCUACUUGCACGACCACGGCAUCGUACAUCGCGAUCUGAAGCCCGAGAACCUGCUCUUCCGCACACCCGAGGACAACGCCGACCUCCUGAUUGCCGAUUUCGGCCUGAGCCGCAUCAUGGACGAGGAGCAGUUCCACGUGCUGACCACGACGUGCGGCACCCCGGGCUACAUGGCCCCCGAGAUCUUCAAGAAGAGCGGCCACGGGAAGCCCGUCGACAUCUGGGCCAUGGGCGUCAUCACUUACUUCCUUCUGUGCGGCUACACCCCCUUCGACCGGGACAGCGAUUUUGAGGAGAUGCAAGCUAUCUUGAACGCCGACUACUCGUUCCAGCCCACCGAGUACUGGCGCGGGGUCUCAGACCAUGCCAAGGACUUCAUCCGUCGUUGUCUCACCGUGGACCCGCACCGCCGGAUGACGGCCCACGAGGCCCUGAGCCACGCCUUCGUCGCCGGCUUCAACCUGAGCCCCGACGGCAGCAAGGGCCAGAACCUGCUCCCGACCGUCAAGAAGAACUUCAACGCCCGGAGGACGCUCCACGCCGCCAUCGAUACCGUCCGCGCCAUCAACAAGCUGCGCGAGGGCCAGAUGCAGGCCCAGAUGAUGGACGGCGCGCAGAGCAAGGAGCCGACCCCCGGGGCCCCCGCCCUGGCGAAGGAGCAGGCUAAGACCGACUCGGGCGUCAGCAUGGGCAGCAACCAGGAUUCCGGGUACGGCGGGAGCCGCGCCGACGACGGCGACGUGGAGAUGGGCGGCACGAGCGUGCCCCCCAGCCUGCGGCCCGGCCAGAUGGCGAACCGGGUCGUCGAGACGUCCAAGGGGCUGUGGCAGUCGGGCCAGGCCCGGCGAUAG